UUUCUGUGUCUACAUGCGCACACAUACGCGGCGUUUGCAAAGUGGGUGUUUUUGCUGUGUUCCACUUUCGGUUGAGCUGAUAUAACUUUUGCAACCCAAAUAUUCUAGAAAGAUUGUGCCUGGAAUAAUAAUGUAAUUCACUAGCUUGGGUGUACGAAUUGCGAAAGAAUUUUCUGAACAAAUUUUGUGAAAACAUACUAUUAAUAACGUAGUAAGAUACGUAUAAAAGAGCUGACUUGAUGAGAUGAACCGCGGCAAGAUUGUGUAUGUAUAACAAAUUUUUUUGUGGUUGCCACGCUACAUUUCACUGCGUGUAACGGUAGAAAAUGAAACAUUUUGAAUUCAAAAACCAUUUUUUAACGCAUAGCAGUGAGUUUGGUAUUUCUUAUAUAUAAACGAGUACAUAUGCAAGCUACGUGAGAACCCGUGGAAUAUAGUCUCUCAAACAUUAAUUUUUAAUUUGAAAAUUGGGAUAUUUGUUGCUUAUCUACUGCUCAAGGAUUUAAAUAUAAGCGUUUAUAGUCCGGACGAUUUAUAUUUCAUGGAAUUCUAACAUACAGCUGCGACGUCAUGUUUAAAUUGACAAAGGAGCAAUGGCAUUUAUUUGAAAGGCUGCAACGGAAGCAUAAAGUUUCUUUGGAAUUCCUGCGGUAUAAUUUUGUUAAUAUUCAAAAGUUUAUAUGGUAUGAAAUAGGGCCGCGAAUUAUAAUCAGGCGAUUUGCAGUACGAAAAGAAAACAGAGUCUUUCUAGAGUAUUAUCAUCUAAGGAGGGUAUUAUACGACCAAGCUCAUCGAAAAUUGUUUCAAAAAGUACGGCAGAAUAUAAAACAGUGGUCAAGGCGCGUAACUGCUUAUCUCAGACGAACUACGGGUAUACAGGAAUAUGUGGAAGAGCAUAUUUGUGAUCGGGAAAGUAAAAGAGAAAAUAUUGUUGAACAGAUGAAAAAACAAUUGCAAUUAUUAAAAAGUGGAAAAAGAUCGAAUGUUUUAAUUGAACUACAGGAAAAUGUUUCGAAUAUAUAUAAAGAUGGUGCGGAAGCUUUAGAAAUUUAUGAUUCCAAUGCAGAAAGCAAAAAUAGCAGACUUAAUUCUUUACGACAAAAUUUUCCACAAUCUAUUGUCCAAGAUUUUCAGGAAGGGACUGAAUCAGAAAUAUCUGACUUACGGCAAGAAAAAAAUCACAAAACGGAGAUAUCGACGUGUUCAAAUUUGCUUGAAAGCUUGCGCGUUGCGUUUAGACAAGAUGAAAAAAGGCAGUUGCAAGAGGAAAGGCGUUCAGUAAACGUGCAAAAAGCGACCCCAACUUUCCUAGACAUGCUUAUGAGAAAAGUGGGCACCAAAGAUUUGGGAUAUAGCCGUGAAACGUUUAAGCUAGGCAAAGAUGGUUUAAAUGAAAAUUUGGAAUCUGUAGACUCGGGAGAGGAGUUUCUUGGAUUUGAUGAAGGAGAUUGUGUGUCAGGCAUGUCAAUGACACCCGCUGCAUCUCAACUCAGCACAAAUAAUACUGAAAAUUCAGUAUUCGUCAGUGAAAUCUUAAAUGAAUACAUGAGAGUGAAUUCCUUGGAGACUAACUACAUCGUAGAUCCCAGUAUUCAACAACGACAUUUCAAAGAAACUGAUGUAGAAGGCGUAGUCACAAUGAAAGCCGCACCCCCUUUCCUUAAUAUGCCUGCCGUGCCAGAAACUCUAUUGAAGUUGCGUACUGUAGCUGAAAGAAAGCAAUAUUUGCAGAAAUUUUCUAAAAAUCAUCGCUUAUCCAUAAUUAACAAUGAAGCUAUCAUUUAUCGCGAAUUGCAACGGAAAUUGCAUUUGAAAAAAGCAAAGAGCGCAAGCCUUGUACUUGCCCAAUCCGCGAACUCAUCCAUGCCUUUUACUCGAAAUGGUUGGCAUGCGGCUUCAUUUGUGAAUACCGAUUUUAACAAAUACUACUUUCAAAUGAUCGAUGUUGAUGAUGGCAAGUUUUCAGUGCGUUUGAAAGGGGUGCAAGGAAAUAAUGAUAACUUUCGUAAAAUACCCCAUACAAGUUACGCUACAAACGUAUCUAAAACUUGUAAUGUUUCUUGCGUGGACGCAAUAUUGUGGCAAAAUUUCAAAUCAAUUAAGACUGUGGCGAUGAAAAAUAAGAAGUUAAACAAUGAUCCAUUACAGAGUGUGUUUAAACCUUGCCCUUUAUCGUAUAAGCCAUUUCAAAAACCCCUGGAUGAUGAAAUGGCAGCUUUGCUUUUAGCUGGUGGUAGUGUGGCUGUGGUGCAAAUGCCUGUUAUUGAGCUCGAGGUAUUCCCUGAACACGGCAAACCAUUGCACGAGGUGGCUAAGCGUUACUUACAAUACAUACUGCCACACCAUGCCAUAUCUCCACAGUGGGCUGAAUUUAGUGUAUCUACCCUUCAAUUACCUAAUUCCUCCAACGAAGCGGAGAAAAAAACUUUGCAAUCGCUAAGUCCGUCAAAAGUGCGCAAAUCGUUUUCUUUUGUAAUACCCUACCACAAUGAUCGCAAUCAAGUUUUAGUACGCCGCGUUGUAGACCGUUCUGAAAAAUUGGAUGACAUGUUCAAACAACGCAGUGAAAGUGAUGACCUUUCUGUAAAAGAUUUCACCUUUCGCCACAACCUAGAUAAAUCUGACUCCGUCCUUGUAGACUGCGCUGACAUGAUAAGCGAUAUGGUCAAUACGGUUGCUAUAAGCUGCAGCGAAAAUUCUUUUAUCAAAGAGGAUCCUGACGCUUUAGUAGAUGCUGAUUCCUUAGAAGAGUUGCAAACAAAAUUAAACACUCAAACACAUAAAACAAAUGCGUUAAUAUGCAAUACAACUGUAAAUCGGAAACAAAAUCGUUUAUUAUGCGAGCUGAAACGUUUAAAUGCCACCAUUAUCGACGCAGCUGUUAAAAGUGACCACGAAGGGAGGCGCUGUAACAGGGAUUUUUGCGCCUUCGGUUGUGUUUGCUCUAGUUUGGAAAGUAGGCAUCCAUUGCGAGAUCAUUGUGGAAAAGCAAAAUGCGUUCUUGAAUGCAAUUGUAAAACGUCAAUCCAUUCACGAAUAAUGCGUCUAGAAACCGAUGGGCGUUCCAUAACAACUGAAGAUGCCUUCAUGUUACGUCGCAAAGCUACAGAAAGAUUGGCUCGUAUGGAGAAGGAGUUCACUUCUACUGUUGUACUUACCGGUAACGAAACACUGCUAAUAAACGAAACGCAUAACGAUAAGAAACGUAGGUGUGCAAAAGCACCGAAGAGGUAUGAAUAUUUUACUAAUAAAGAUGACGAUGGUAAUGGAUGCAUACCGAAGUCUUUAAAUACUUUAACUGCAAUCGACAGUAACAAACCCUGCUUGGCAACAGGUAGCACAUUUGAUUCAGAAUACGUGCUUGUUAAAGAUAUCAUUUUGGAUCAACUAAAGCACUGCAGCGUCAAUUUGGUCCCAUUGGAAGAUGCAAACAACAUGGUAACGUGGUGCAUGGUGCAUGAAUUAUACAAAUGUUUUUGUAAAGGAAAAGCCUUAGAAGGAAAGCCUUUUAUUAUGGAAAAAGAAGAAGCAAGUGCGUCCAUAAUUACUCAUCACGCAAACGAGGAACUUGCGAAGGAUUAUAUUGUGAGUGAAAAGGAUAAUACCAAUUCUGACGACAAACCAUCCUUGGAAAAAACAGAAAACCAAAAAAGAUUUACGGAGACGCCUUUGGAGAAUCACGAUAACAUAGAGAGCAUAAGUCUACAGAAAAAGGAUAGUUGGCGUUCUAAACGUCAACUGGACAAAAACAAAAUACAAAUUGCUGAAUCGCAGGAGUCAUCAGACACUAUCCCAUCUAAAAUACGCAAAAGAAGUGUGAACGAUUUUAGUGAUGAAGUUCGCCGUGGAAAAAGAAAAAGGAGCUUGGAGGAUGUAAAGCGUCAUUACUACCACACAAAACGGGAAUGGUGUCGGCGACAGGUGCCCAUACCGCGACGAAUGUACUUGUAUUGUAAUCGUCGCAGAAAGCAGCAUAUUCUAGACUUUUUAAAAGCCAAUGAAAAUGAAGAAACGCGGCUACUACUCAAUGAACACGUUAUGCGCUCAGUCUACUAUCACCAAAACGAGGGUCAGCCACAACAUUUGCAAAAGAAAGUUUCCGAAGAAGCCAAAGAAGAAGAAAACACCGAAAGAUUACUACAACGUCUUUUCAAUAUACCUAAAGCUAAAUUAGUAACAGCUAAUGAUGUUAACGAACAUCAGCUAGGUGAAGUUAUUGAUCUUGACGAUGACGAGCAAGCUGACCACAAUAGUGGAGUACGUAACAUAAAUAAUGAUGCGAAAGAUCGUGAUGUUAAUCCAAAAUCUCCACAAGCAACCUCUGCGAAAACACUUAAAAAGUUUGCUCUCAAUAAGGAUAGUGGUGGCAAGUUGUUCAUUGAUCAGUCGCUUGCUCGGCCCAACAAUUCAUUAGAGGAGUGCGAAUUUCCAAAAAUUUCCAAGACUUUUUCGUUGGAUUUAACACCGGCAAACCCUGUUAUGGCUACUUCAAUCAAUGAGCCGAAUAGUGACGUGCAACCUUCUGCGGCUACAAUAAUGGCGGCCCAAAAGACGAUGUUAGCUUUGGCUCGAGAAAUAAAUAUGACCAACGAGGAUUUCGAAUCAUUAUACAAUGAUGUUAUACAUUGCAUGAAUGCUAUGGUGUGCAAAAAAAUGUAUGAUAUAUCUGAGGCUUUUAAACGGGACAGCAUCACGUUACCACAGCCUAGAAGUGGAAUAUUGUGCAUAGUGCGAUGGUCAAACUUUUUGACUGCUUUUUCGCAAAAGUGUUUAUUUAUGUGGCAAGUAAAAAUGAAAGAUGAACCUUCAUUUCUAGUAGUGACUCUCGCCAAUGUGAUCCCUUUGGUUACGGAUGCAUUGGGUGUGGCUAACAUUACGGCGCUUAAAGUGGAUAAGCUGCCUCUUAUAGCUCGUAUGUUAAUGACAACUUUUUACAAUUACGAUACCCAUAAUUUGGGCGUGAUAAUGCAAGGAAAAAGCACGUAUUGGCUAGUUAAGGGAUUCAUAAGAGGUGAGGCCAAAUUCGCAUGCUUUAAACCAAAUCCCCAAAAUCGUCCUGCAUUAACCAAGAAGAUCAAUGUCCUCUGCUGUCUACUGCUAAGGCAACGCAUACGUGAGGAAAAACUAAAAAUGUUCAAAAGGGACGCAAGCAAAGCCCGGAAAAAUUUUAGUAAUAUAGAUAAAUCGCCUUCCUCAUCAAUAACUCGAUUAAACGAACAGACAGACAAUCGUAAAAGAAAACUUAAUUCUUCAUUUGCUUGCAUAAGCGAUGUUAGCAAUCCUACCUCUCUCGGAAAGAUUGGCAACGAAACAAGUAAAAUGAAAAGUAACAUCGAAAUACGAAAAAUUACUCCGAACGAUGUACAUGAUCUUCACUUGCCACAAAUUCAUAAACAAAACCACAAAUGGCUUGUUUUAGAUCUACGGAAUGAUUUUUCACAUAUUUUUGUGCCUGAAUUUCGAGAACUGCUGUCUUUAGACCGCAUACAAAAAGUGGUGGCAUUCGCUAAGCAAAAGCAGAAAAUUAUCAAAAUGCAGUUCUUUUUAAAUGCCCACUUCGAUGUGUUCAUUACUCCCAAUUCAGGAAGAAAAAUUUACGUUGGACCUUUCGACAUAGGUGUUAAGGAACCUCUAUUAAUACUAUUGCAAAGCGUUGAUGGUCAAAUGAUGAUGAGAGAAUUAUAUCAAGAAAAACACAAUAUUCACAAUGUUGAUAAUGAAAGCACUACAGCAUUUUGGGUGCGUUUACAGGUAAAUAUUAACGAUGAGAGUUCUGUAGAAACGAACAACUUUCAAAUAAAAAAUGGCGGAAAUCAAAAAAUUUGCGACGACCCUAAACAACGAGAAAUAAUCAAGUUACAGGACGACCAAGAUUGCGUUAUAAUUGAUGAUCAGGGAGAUGAUGUUCAAAACGAAUCAAAGAAGAUUCGCUACAACUUCACUAUACAGGCAAUUAGCAACGAUUCAGCGUUGCAAAUUACACCGCAGCCCUUUUCUUUGCCAUGUUCCCCAUCCAUCCAAGGGUUGACAGAAUUGCCAACGAAUGUGUUAUCGCGUAAUCAAAACUUAUCAGCAAUUUCAAAUACGAGCUUUGUAAAUCAUGAGACAUCGUUACCCGCAAUCUCCGUACCCAAUAACAGUACCUCAUGUAAUAAUGAAAUAACGCCUGAAAAACCUCUGCCCAUUAAUUCGGUUUUAAUUUCCAAAGUAGUCUCUCUUAGUCCUACAUUCACGCACGAAACGGUAAACGGUAACAUCUGCUCAAACCAGUCUUCUACUCCUGUCAUUACCGACGUUAAUUCUUUAUUUUAUGGCACCCGCACUACAUCUACAUCUAACGUUUGCUUAACCUCUGCUGUGCCUGGUGAUGGGCAAAGUUUUAAUUGCAUUCGCUCUUUAAAUGGUCGCACAAAUGUUGACCGCGAACGGUGUCCUACAAUUUGUUCUAAAAAAUAUGAAGAUGACGCACUAACUACUGGCAGUUACAAUACACUUGCCAAUGCCUUAAAAAACGACAGAAUAUCUGUCCACUAUGUGGGAAAUGUAACAAAACCAAAAUUUUCAAAUAAUAUAGGAACAGGUAAAGUAAAUUCACAGCCACCACCACUUACAAUUGUAUCAGGAGCAGGCACUUCUCUGCUGAAAAGAAAUAUGCAGCCAAUUACCCAAUCUAAACUAUCAUUGCCUUUGAAAACAACAGCUAACGCGUCAAAUACAGUUAUUAGCUCUACAAAAUGCAAUAAUACGCCAACAUUUUCGUCGGUAAGCCGACCCUGUACUGCAAAAAAAUUACCAACAUUAUCGCCAAUUAUGACGAGCCAGUCGAAGCAAACUUUGAUUAUAUCAAAAUCAAAUGCUAUCGGAACAAUUGCAACUGCUGCCCAAAAUAAUCCAAUUGUAUUAAAUAAACUAACUUCCACAAAAUCUAAUUCUGCCAGUACUAUACAAUAUCAUAUUAUUAACCCUACAAACAAGGAAGUGGCACCAAAAAAAGUCAAUAAUAUAACAGCUCCUAAAUGUGCACAUCAAAAGGUCCUCAAUGUUGGUGGAAAUUUACCAGCCGCCAAUAAAUUAAUUCAUUAUAAAAUUUCAGCACCCUCCGCUAUUAGUGCCGGAAGUUGUAUAACUCCAAAAUUUGUGUCGAAAGCUAGUAAUAACGAUAUUGCACCAAAUUCGAAAUCGUCCUUUACGGAGAAGAAUAUAGAAUUUUUAAGCUCUUGUACUAAUCUUCCAACUGUUCACCCCGCUGUCGCGACAAAUCCAAUACCAACAGCUCGCAUAAGUAUCAUAAGCCAGCAACGAAAACAAACGGGACAAUUAUGGGGAGAUUAUAAUUCCGUACCCGAUGGAAGUGUGCAACUUAAACCCGUAAGCUCGUCACAAAUGGCGAAGAAUUCGUUUUCUCAAACGCAGAUACCAGGUAUAUGUUCUGACAAUCUCAAUUCCGCAAUUACAACGACAGCAAAAGAAACGUCGUCGUCCUGUUCCAGCGAUACAACUGCUCCUCCGUCGUAUGUAAAAUAUGGUUAUGUUGUAGCUCCUGGUCAACGUUUCAUAUCAAAGCGAAUUAAAAAUGAUUAUUAUGUGAGGUUGCCAAAUGGAAGUAUAGAGCAUUUUGAAAACAUGAAAAGCAUGUCUAUUUCCCUGAACAAAUAUGUCAAAAAUAUCGAAGGUAAAAAUAAAGUACCUGUACAAUGGAAAUUUUUACCAGCUAGCCAAGACGUGCAAAUGCAAAAUUAUAAGAGGUCUUUAAUGCGUAGAAAAUCCGCACGCCAGGACAAGGUGAUGGCAUCAGUUGCGUCCGAUCAGUUAAUUGACUCCCUCAAUUCUGUGUCAACAACGCAUACAUCAAAUCUAUCAUCAAUAAAUGAGACGAUAUUAAUCGACGAUUGAACCAUUGACUAUAAGUGGAUAAAAAUUUUCUGCGACUGAUUUAUUUAAAAUUUGUCGGGAGUUAACUACUUGAAUGGCAACCUCCCAUUAAUUUAAAGUGUAAAUAACAUGAAAAAGUCUAUUAAACGUAAAAAAAUAUCUGGAUUAUAUCAUAUAUUUAAAGGGAUAUUAUAUCAUACUAUUUAAAAUUAGGUCGGCAAGUCUAGGUGCAUCUUUAUGUCACACAAGAAGUUAAAUGUACACUUUGCAUGUAUUAUUAAGAUAUUUUUAUACGGUUAUACAAAGUGGUCAGUAUUGUUGAAAGAUGAGCUCCAUAAACUGUGCAAAAAUAAAAAAAGCAGACCCUUGAUGGCAUGUAGAGAGUCCAGCAAUGGAUCAAACAAGUAAAGAUUAGUACGUCGUAAAAAGAAACCGAAAAGAGUUUUGAAACUGGUAGUUUGCGCGGCAGUAAGACAAGUAAAUUGCGUCAUGGGCACAUUAAGUGGGAUUCUCCGAAGUAAAAACGAAGAAGAUAUUAUACCUUUAAUAAUUUUAACUAUGAAGGCAGCUUCCAGCAUCACGCCUUUAUUUUUCAGUGUGAGAAAGUCGAUGAGACAUCACUUAUCUUCAUAAGUUAUCAGGCGAAUCUCUGUAGCGUAAAAGUAAUAAGCUUCGUUGUAACGAUUCGAUUAGGUCACUGCGACAUCUAUAACUUGGUAUACGGACUGCAAAGUUUGGUCAAACAAGAGUAGUAUAUAAUCCUUUUGUAAGGGUCAUAGAAUACCUUUGACCGACUCUUAAGAAAGCCCGCCACCAUUGAACCAACUUAAUUCAAUGAGACUGAAGGUCAACCGUACUACUAACAGAAUUAAAUAAACGAAAGAUUUUGACAUCGCUCGCAAACACCAAGCACGUCGACUUCUUGAUACUUGAAGGAAGCUCGUUUGCAACUAUCUGCUACCUGGGGGCACAACAGAUGAAAUCUUAAGUAAAAGAAUUAAACAAUGUUUAACAAUUUGCGUAUGUUCCGAUAGAUAUGUACGAAACCAGCGUGUCGUAGUAUCUGAAAAACCAGGUCUUCCCAGUUUUAGAAGGAAAAGGUUAUGUCCGUCUCUGUCAAUUGCUUUCGAAAAAUCAGUGUAGACAACAUCCGUUUGCUUCCGUUCCCCAAAUCUUUAAAUAUUUUCCCAGUGAAAUCUAAAGCAUACAAAUGCCAGAGAAACCAUGUUGUGUUACUAACAAGAUGGAGCUCAAUAAUUUGGAAAGCCGAUUAAUAGCAAGGCGCUCGAAGGAUUUAGACAAAACACUAAGUCUCGCUAUCUCUCUGUAUUUACUAAUAUCAUCCUUCGGUCCCAUCCGGCCCUGGGUACACCACACGUUUAAGAGGCUAUAGUGAGAAGAAGUACCAUCUGUGACUUUUAUGGGAAGGACUACAUUAAACGAAUCAGUAGGACAUGGAUAGCUUAUCGGCGGCAGCUGUCUGCAGUAGUAUUGUUUAUGUAUAAUUUAUAUAAUUGGCAAUCACCCUCGAAUUAGAUGAUUCGGAGUUUGCAUACGGCAUCACCGAAGGGAACCUUUUGUCGUUCCGUUUCGAAUCAAUAAACCAAAAAAAAAAUUUGGUGUUUGCUAGCAAUUGUCUCAUCAUACAAUGCAAAUAAUUUCUGUAACAUAUAUUUUUCAGGGAGUUAUAGUCACGUCGAGCAUUAGAAUAAAAGGUGUAGUCACCUACAAUUACGCUAUAAAACCUAUGUUACGCUAUAAAACCUACUGUUCUUAUCGAAACUUAACCAAAUGAGUGUUAAAUUAGACUAGAUAGCUGCGCUUAAUAAAAUCCGACGUGUAAAUAAGAACAUUUUUAAAA